UACCUUGCACUGUGCUCUCCACGCCAGACAAACGAAGCACACACGUAUCUCCAUUUCCAUUUCCAUUUCCAUGGCGGAUCCCCAAUCCCAAUCCCAAUCUCAAUCCGGCUUCUGCCCCCGUACCAAGACCUACCACAGCCUGCGCCCCGCCGUCCACCUCCCGCCGCCGUCGCAGCCGCUCUCCGUCGCCGCCUACACCCUCUCCCUCCUCCGCUCCCCCACCACUCCCGCCGCCUUCUCCCUCGACUCCACCACUUUCCUCAUCGAUGCCGCCACCGACCGCCGCCUCACUUUCUCCACAUUCCUCCGCCAGGUCGCCUCCCUCUCCGCCGCCCUCAGAUCCCUCCGCCGAAACGACGUCGCAUUCAUCGUCGCCCCUUCCUCCCUCCACAUCCCCGUCCUCUACUUCUCCCUCCUCUCCGUCGGCGCCGUCGUCUCGCCGUCGAAUCCCCUCUCCACCCCCGCCGAAUUAGCCCACCAGAUCGCCGUCUGUAACCCCGCCGUCGCCUUCACCACCGCCUCCCUCGCCGGCAAGCUCCCGCCGGAUCUCCCCGUCGUCCUCCUCGAUUCGCCGGAAUUCCUCUCGAUGCUCGAAUCUGGGGAUUCCGAACUCCGCGACGCCGCCGUGGAGCAAUCGGACACCGCCGCCAUCCUCUUCUCGUCCGGCACCACCGGGAAGGUCAAAGGCGUCGUCCUGACCCACCGGAAUCUGAUAUCUCUGAUCGCCGGAAUGUACCAGACCAAGAUAUUCGACAGUCUGCCUAACUCCGGCGGCGGCGCCAAUGGCGGCUCCGGCGACAUCCCAAUAUCCCUUUUCAGCCUCCCGCUGUUCCACGUUUUCGGUUUCUUCAUGCUGCUGAGAGUGACGGCGGUGGGAGAGACCGUCGUGUUGAUGGAGAAGUUCGAUUUUGUGAAAAUGCUCGAGGCUGUGCAGAAGCACCGAGUGAUGUUCAUGCCUGUGUCGCCGCCGCUCGUGGUGGCGCUGACCAAGUCCGAUUUGGUCAGCAAGUAUGACCUGAGCUCGCUACAGAGGCUCGGCUCCGGCGGUGCGCCGCUGCUGAAGGAGGUUGCCGAUCGUUUCAAUGCCAAGUUUCCCCAAAUCGAGCUUUACCAGGGUUAUGGCCUGACGGAGACUUCAGGGGCCGCUACCAAAACUGUCGGGACCGAGGCUAUAAAGAUCGAAUCUGUUGGCCGCUUGGCUGAAAACUUGGAAGCGAAAAUAAUCGAUCCCGAGACUGGAGAAUCCUUACCUCCUGGAAAACAAGGAGAAUUAUGGUUGCGAGGACCGACUAUAAUGAAAGGCUAUGUUGGGGACGAUGCGGCAACAGCUGCGACAUUUGGUCCCGACGGGUGGCUGAAGACGGGAGACCUUUGUUAUUUUGACUCGGAAGGAUAUCUUUACAUUGUUGAUCGGUUAAAAGAGUUGAUAAAAUACAAAGCAUAUCAGGUUCCUCCGGCCGAGCUGGAACAGAUUCUCCUGUCUUUACCUGAUAUUGCUGAUGCGGCCGUCAUCCCGUACCCUGACGAAGAAGCAGGUCAGAUUCCGAUGGGAUAUAUCGUUCGAAAACCAGGAAGUAAUGUCUCCGCCGCUCAAAUAAUGGAUUCGGUUGCAAAACAGGUUGCUCCUUACAAGAAGCUCCGACGCAUCGCAUUCAUCGACGCAAUCCCGAGAUCUGCGGCGGGGAAGAUCUUGCGGCGGGAGUUGGUAGCUCAUGCUGUCUCUAAACCUUCCUCCAAACUGUGAAUCUUAGGUAUAAUUAUUCGGGAAAUGCGCGGAAGUUCUGAAAUAAUUUCCAGGCCAUGGCGAUUGCUGCCUAUAUUUAUAUCUUACAGUCUGGUGUAGUGUAAAAAGUGACCAUUUUUGGAUGCUGCUUAGGAGUGGAAAAGGGACGAGACAGAACUCGUUUAUACAUGCACUGCUCCAUUUAGAUUGGGAUAGAAGAAUUCUUGUUUUUAAUUAUAUUUAUUUUUAUUGUAUUUCAAAUAAUAUAUAGCUUUUCCAAUUUUGUAUCGACUCAUUUUCAAAAUUUUGGGAAUUUUUUGUAUGAUUAGUCUCUCCGUUUCAAUACAAAGUUUUGUUUACUA